CAUAAUGUCAUACUCUCUAAAUCUCUUAUAAUUGCGAAAUAGGUCAUUUGUUUUGUAAGCGCGACACAAUAAUGAUUUACUAAAAGGGGUGCGAAGUUUGUUCUUUGGUUCCGACGCGUGUUUUGUAUGUUGCCUGAACUUUCACCUCGAUUCCCACAGCCCAGCAGGACCGUGUGGAUUUGACAAAAUAGUGACAAGUCUAACACGAGCUUUUAACUUCGAGCAUGCGUUGCCUGUUGAGCUCUUGGUAAUUUAUUCCUGGAAGAACCGCGUUCUGUUGCAGCCACAUGGAAACUUUCAUCAGCUUCAGUAACCAAAGUCAAGGAAGGGACCGUAUAUUCAGAGCAACCCAAUAUGCAUGUGCUCUGGCGAAAUACCUGCUGAGAAAUGAAGCGAAGAGAAAAGAGCUGGUGAAAAAGCUGCAGUUUCUGGAGUCCAAUAUGAGUUCAGGGCGGAAGCUUUUCAGGCUUGGGAACACCAUCAACUCGAUCCAUGCGGAGAGCACUCUUCACAUUUCUGACCCCAUUUUGCGCUUUUGCCUUACUUUUACCAAUCUCAACCGUGCCUUGUAUUUCAUCUGUGACAACGUACUCUGGGCCAGAAGUAUCGGGCUGAUACAAGACAUCGACAAAGAGCGCUGGAGCUUGAACUCCACUCGCUUCUAUUUCCUGUCCUUGGUCACGAAUCUAACCAGAGACGUCUAUGUGAUCAUCCAGCUCAUGGUGCAGAAGUCCCGGGAACGACACUUCAAGCAAAAAAUGGAGCAGCACCUCAACGAAAGCCCGGGCGUGGCCUGCGCCAUCGUGCCUCAGCUCGGCGCGUUCCUCUUCCUUCUCCUCGAGAGCCUCAGAAACGAACCGUCUGUGGCUCUCGAUUCCGUUAAAAACGUCUGCGACCUUUUCAUUCCGCUCGACAAACUGGGCAUUUACCAAACAAAUGCAGGGGUGGUGGGCUUCUGUGGCCUCGUUUCUUCUAUUUUGGGCAUAUUGUCAGUUUUGAGGCCCGGCCUCAAGAUCAAGCCGUGA